AAAAUCUCAACAAUCUUUGCUCAAUUCAUCAGAAGUACCUGCAAAAGUCAUUGUGAUACACAAACUUGGAGUUUAUUGUUUCUCUGAAGUGAAACCAAAGAAGUCAUGAUUUUCCCAAUUGUUUUCGGUCUUGUUGCCAUUUUCGUGGCUGAAUCGUCAGCCGUUUCAAUUGGAGUGACGUCACUGGUACCCGGAGCACACGUGGGUGUUGAUGGACGUGUUGUAGACACCCCAGAAGUCGUGGCGGCCAAAGCCGAACACGCAGUGGCACAUUUAAAUGAAAGAAUCAAUUUAGUGAAUGAGGCAGUGAGAUCGGCCGAUUUUCCCGUGACAUCCGUUUUCACACCAGUUUCCGGAGUUGGUGUUGGUACCAUUUUCACGACAAACGGAGUUGUACCAAUUGGCGUCGAUAUCUCGCAAAUUGUUCGCUCGAAUCAAGUGGUGCCAACUGUCGUUGCCGUUGACAAUGGCCGUGUUGUUUUUGACAAUUCCGAAGUGAGACUCGCCAGAGCCGAGCAAGUCAUUGCACAAUUGGCUGAAAAAGUACGACUCGUCAAUGACAAUAGUCGAGUGGUCGAUGGCGUUGUUUCUUCAGACGUUCAGUAAUAAUACAAUUUUUUUGUCUCCUUUGAAAAAAAAAAUUGAUAGUUUCACUUUUAUCUAUUUUUCCCCACAAACUGCCCGGAAUUUUCUUUUUUUCGAAAUUAAUUAUUAUUAAAUGUUUGUCUUAAUUUUGUAGCUGUGGUAAUUACUUUAUAUGGUAUUGUAAAUACUACAGGGUAAUUUUCUUUUGUUUUAAUGUUUACUUCAUGGCAAGUGUCGUUGGAAUUGAAACAAAUUGAUGAUGAAUUUUUUUUGUUGAUUUUGGAGUGAAUUGAAAGAAAAAAAUGAAUUUUCAUUUUUGAAAAAUGAAUUUUUCCUGAAAUGUUUGUAAUCCUACGACUUGCUGUGAUGUAAUUAUUUUUAUUAGAUUUAAAUAUAUGGGAAAUGUUGCAAAAAAUACUCGAGGAAAAAUUACUGGUGGUACUUUUAAAUAUGUGUAAAUAAAUGAAUAAAUAAAUAAAGAUCUUGGAAAAUCUU